GUGAAGGCAGAGUUCGAGCAGAAGAUCAAGGACGAGCGUCCCGCCUCUCGGCGGAGCACGCCGCGAAGAGCGAGGAGGAGGAGAAGAAGUUGGCGGAGGCGGUCGAGGCUACCAUGAUCAGCGCGAGGGAGGAGGCCGAGCGCGAGGAGGGGAAGCAGAACGAGCUGGAGGAGUGGCGCACCGAGAAAAAGGAGGCCGAGGAAGCGCUGAAGAAGGAGCAG